AUGGGCAUAUAGCUAAAAGUUCUUUUUUUGUUAUUUUAAGUGAUAUUAUAAUAUUAGUGUAUUUUAACACACACACAAAUAAGAAAUACUGUAUUUUUUUUAUGAAGUUAACUUUUAAUCCCUAGUAGUUGGGAUUAAGGCGAGAAAGAAGAAGAGUAAGUUAACUUUUAAAUUAAAAAUAUACUUAAAAUGUUAUCUAUAAUAAAAGUUACAGUUUCAAGUUAUAUAAAGACAAUUUUAUUUUAUUAGUUGUAUUCUGUGGAUUUUAACUUCAAAAUGCUUUGUUGAUUGUAAAAUAAGCGCAAAAGUUUAUGAAAAAUAUUUGUCAGAAGUAUUGGAUCAUAUGAGUAAACAAGAUGGAUGGUGUAUUAUGUGUCAUUUACAGAUAAAGUAUGACUCCUCUACUGAUAUAUGUAUUAAUAUUAAGGACGUUUUUAUUCGAGGGAAUGGUAUGAAUUUAGCAAAAAGAUUCGAAACUAUUAUUCAUAUAUUAAAUUACAUGUACGCAGAAGUCAUCAAAACAUUUAUUGAUCAUAUUCGCAUUAUAAUCAAACAAUGUCAAGAUUAUAAUUACAUCAACCGGGAUGUGAAAAAUUUUAUCGAAGGAAAAGCUCACGAGACUUACCAAAAUAUUAAGAAGAAAAAUAGUUUAAUUGUUUACGAUAAUCAACCAAAGUUCUUACUUAAAGAGAAUUUAAAACAAUAUGAAGCACAACAAUAUAAAAACAUGGAUUUAAGUCAUUUUUUAAGUGAUUGUCUAAACGAAUAUUAUGCAGAAACUUCUAAAUAUCUGUAUAAAAAUCUUGGAUUUGAAAAAGUUUUAGAAUUUAAAAAAAAAGGUAAUUUCAGAAUCCCAAUUGAAUCAAACAUUAAUCAAAACAAAGGAAUCAAUUUAAUAAAUACAAUUACUAAAGAAAGUGGAUGGGUAUCAUUGAAACAUAUUAAUGUUGAAUUUAAUGAUCAAAUUAUAAGUGGAGACCGUAUUCUCAGGGACCCAGUUAAUAAACUAAAUUUUCAUUGUAAAAGACUACAUAUAAUAAGAUUGAUCAAAUGCAUUUAUACAGAAGUAAUAUUCAAGUAUAACAAAUAUGUAUGUGAUAUUUUAAAUUUAUGUGGAUCUGAUUAUACAUAUUUUAACUUAGUGCGUCAAUUUUUCGACACAAUUCAUAAGACAGAUAAAAUGCUCGAUAUAAUGAUUAGAACAUUAGUUUCUUUAAAUACAUUAAUAGGAGAAUAUGAUCAUGAUAGCUCACAUUCGAAUAUAAAAGGUUUAUAUUCAUUAAUUACACACUUAUCCAAGGAAAUAAAAUUUGGAAAUUAUUCACUGGAUGAUUUGGAUAGUAAAAGUGAUGUCAGCAAAAAGGAAAUAGCAAGAUCAUACAUAAAAAAAUUCUCAGAUUUUCGAAGUAAAAUAUUUGACAAUAGAUUAAAAGUAUUCCACAAGAAACAAUGUCCAUCCCAAAAUAUAUUGUCAAAUAUUGUCAUACAUGAAUUUCCAUUUUUGAAAAACACUGAUUCAGUUGAUAACACUCGUUUUACUGAAUUGAUGAUUGAGGAAAUUGUUUUAUCUUUUUGUAACCAACUUAUUGAAUUUUCUGAAAAUGUUAUAAAAUCUUUCUACGAAGAUUUGGGUUUAAAUAAAUUAAAUUAA